GUUCAUUCAGGAGAUAAACCAUUUGAAUGUGAUGUUUGUCAUAAAAAGUUUUCUUGGAGUUAUAGUUUAUAUAAACACAAAAGAGUUCAUUCAGAAGAUAAACCAUUUGAAUGUGAUGUUUGUCAUAAAAAGUUUUCACAUAGUGCUAAUUUAUAUGCACACAAACAAGUUCAUUCAGAAGAUAAACAAUUUGAAUGUGAUGUUUGUCAUAAAAAGUUUUCUCAGAGUUCUGGUUUAUAUAGACACAAAAGAGUUCAUUCAGAAGAUAAACCAUUUGAAUGUGAUGUUUGUCAUAAAAAGUUUUCAUAUAGUUCUAAUUUAUAUGCACACAAAAGAGUUCAUUCAGAAGAUAAACCAUUUGAAUGUGAUGUUUGUCAUAAAAAGUUUUCUCAGAGUUCUAGCUUAUAUAAACACAAAAGAGUUCAUUCAGAAGAUAAACCAUUUGAAUGUGAUGUUUGUCAUAAAAAGUUUUCAUAUAGUUCUAGCUUAUAUAGACACAAAAGAGUUCAUUCAGAAGAUAAACCAUUUGAAUGUGAUGUUUGUCAUAAAAAGUUUUCACAUAGUGCUAAUUUAUAUGCACACAAACAAGUUCAUUCAGAAUAUAAACAAUUUGAAUGUGAUGUUUGUCAUGAAAAGUUUUCUCAGAGUUCUAGUUUAUAUAAACACAAAAGAGUUCAUUCAGAAGAUAAACCAUUUGAAUGUAAGGUUUGUCAUAUAAAGUUUUCACAUAGUGCUAUUUUAUAUAUACACAAACAAGUUCAUUCAGGAGAUAAACCAUUUGAAUGUGAUGUUUGUCAUAAAAACUUUUCUCAGAGUUCUAGUUUAUAUAAACACAAAAUAGUUCAUUCAGAAGAUAAACCAUUUGAAUGUGAUGUUUGUCAUAAAAAGUUUUCUCAGAGUUCUAGUUUAUAUAAACACAAAAGAGUUCAUUCAGAAGAUAAACCAUUUGAAUGUGAUGUUUGUCAUAUAAAGUUUUCACAUAGUGCUAUUUUAUAUAUACACAAACAAGUUCAUUCAGAAGAUAAACCAUUUGAAUGUGAUGUUUGUCAUAAAAAGUUUUCUAGAAAAAAUAAAACAGUUCAUACUGGAGAUAAGCCAGAUGAAUGUGAUGAUUGCCAUAAAUAUGUUUCUAAAAUAAAGCAGCUCCCGACAUAUUGGCUCCCGAUAUAAGUGCUCAAGACAAAUGGGCUUUUGACAAAAUGACUCCUGACAUAUUGGCUCCAGAUCAAUGAAUGGCAUGACCACUAUUGGCAUAAAAGUAACGAUUUUGUCCUACCUCCAAUACCACUAUAUACUCUUGUAAAUGCCCGAAUGAAAUUGUUUUUCAUGAACCAACAUUAAUUCACACACAAAGCGAGCCCUUAACAGCUAAAUUUCACCAAUUUUAAAGUUUUGAUAAUGUUUAAUUUACAACAGAAAAGAUCUGUUGCUUAAAAGCGAGCACAGAAGUGUAAAUGUACGGAUAUGUAUAUAUAUGUAUAUUUAUGUAUAUAUAUGUGUAUAUAUAUAUAUGUAUAUAUAUGUGUGUAUAUAUGUUGGCUGGUAUCCUAAUGUUGGCUGGUUAUUGAAUAGUUGUCACAGGUUGCUUGUUUUUUGUGUGUAGUUAUAUUCGUGGUUGGUCGUAGCUGGAUCGGGGUAAUGUUCCCCCCUUCUCUCAAGACGCCGCCCGGUUCUCACGGCACUGGGUUCUGGCAGGGUGUGACGGUGUCACGGAUAAUUUACGAGGUUCACAGUCGUGGAUUGUGACCGGACCCUAGGUGUGUGCAUGCUUUGUGUUCAAUUUUAUGUCCUGUCUCCCCAAUGGUCGUCUGCUUAAAUUUACGACCGUAAGGUCGCGACGGUCAGUUCUUGUCAAAACAGGUGGUCGGAAAGUGUGGGAAAAAGUUUGUUUGGAUUCAGCCUAUUUAAGAGGACUGUGUUCAGACCUCUGUCUCUUACACACCAAGCUAGGGCUAUAGACCAGUCUAGGCCUUAUGAUAGCCGCAGAGGCUUGUUUAGUGGCCCAGCUGAGGUAGUCCACCAGACAACAAAUGGCUUACUGUAUCUCUCAAGAUGGCCGCGCCCUGAGGGUCGUUACUCCGGACAACGCCUACCACCACCCCACCAAGCGCAGGGUCAGGCUGGCCUCGGUCAAGACAACCUUGUUCCACCCCAACCUGCCCACCUUACGUCACAUUGAGAGAGAUAAUAAGAUGUGCAAGUUACCAGACGAGCAUUGCCAGACGACGACUUGCUGCACGGAGAGAGACUUCACCUACACACAGGUGAACCCCCUGAUUAGCCCAACCCUCAUCCUGCACUCUCUGGAACUGACCAAGACAGGUGAGAAGAUCAGGGACCAAUAUUCUCACUGGAAGAACAUCCAGGACACCGUGUACGAGUGGGCACAUUUUGAUGCCCAGGACCUCCUGAAGAUGACCCGGAGACCGCCCAGUUUUGACGCCACUAACGUUGAGCCCUACCGUCUGGACGGUGUCAUGGUCAAGUGGUCCAAGCCAAAGAUGCGAGACUGGAGGUGGAACUAUAUACCAGGAAAAAACGAAACAAAACUUGUUCUUCCUGAAAUCCACGAAUAUCAACAUUAAAGAUAUAGAUACAAGAUGGGCUUUUUUAGAUUUUAGAUAUUUGAACGCUUUAAUUUUUUAAAACAUCAAAAUGUUAUUUUUAAGGGCGAAAUUCAUCCCCGAUGUCUUAGUCAAUUGUCUAGCUAAAAUAAACGUAUGUUUAAUAAAACAAUCAGCAGCUGAA